CACUAACAGAACUCCGAAGUUGUGCGUGUACCUGCCCCUACCCUGCUUCUUGCCCUUCAGGGCCAUACAUAAAAACAAGAAUCAAACAAGAACGCAGGCUUUCGUUAUGUUUAAGUUAUUAUAAAUAGCAUUUUGAAUCAAUCAAUAAUGAAUUUAAGGCACUGGACGUAGCCUGGAAGUGGGGUUCUUAGUGAAAUCCAAUGAGUUUUGUGUUGUGAUUAGUGAAUACAAGGACGCGGAUGUAAAAUGCCUUGCGAGAGCUGCGCCGUGCAGUUCAGUGUGUUCAAAAGAAAACGACCAUGCUCUGAAUGCGAACGGUAUUACUGCAGCGCGUGCCUGCGCCGCGGCGGCGGAAUUAUGUGCGCCCCGUGCCGGGUGCUCUCCACCAGACCUCUGUCCAGACAAACCAUAGCUCAUUUGAAAGUCCGCGAUCUCCAAUGCUUCCUCCAGCGACAAAAUGUUUCCACGCGAGGCUGUGUGGAAAAAGAAGAGCUACUAAGUCUCUGCAUCUCACACGUGAACAGCUCAGCGUACCGACGCCGCGGGUCGCGCGCCGGCGCUAGCCCUUUCACCAGCACACUGAAAGGCAUCACCAAUAAUAUUAACGACUUCAUCACAUCUACCUUUGAUCUGAGGAACACUGCGCAGCCUGCUCCACCUCCUAAUAGAAGUAGUUGUUUUAAUUCAGCUCAUGCACACACUCCGUCCAGUGGAACGGAGAACAUCCAGCCAAAUAUAAAUAAUGCUGAUAGAUUGUUUACAACAACACCAGGUGGCGAGCGAGAUAUCCGCGUGGAGGCGCCGGAGCCGGCGGUGUCCCGCAGCGAGUCGUCGGGCAGCGCGCGCGUCGACACCACGGACUGCUUCGAGAUCGAGGACCUGGAGGACACCGGCUGGGAGUUCGUCGCCCGCCCGCCCGCCGACCCGCUGCCCAACGAUUCGGAAGUGCUGAUCACAAGCCACAACGUGCCCCCCCGCGAGUCGGGCGGCAGCGGGGGGGAGAGGAUCCUCCGCGCCGCCUCCGAGCUGGAGCUGUACCGGCCCGAGUCGGGCGGCACGGCGCGCUCCGACACCGCCAGCCUGCAGGACGAGCCGCUCAUGCAGGACGACCUCAAGGAUGGGGACGGUAUGCCCUAUAGUCCGAAGCAUAUAAACCUGGAGAACAUAAAGCGAGCGUCAGACCUGGACGCGCUAAAUGUGAAACAGCUGAAGGAGCUGCUCACCCGCAACCGCGUGGAAUACCGCGGCUGCCUCGAGAGGAAAGACCUCCUCGAGAGGGCGAAAUUGCUGUGGAGGGACCAUGCUAAGUAUAAAGAUGAGAUCGACAACCUGCCGCUGGAGGAGUGCUGCAAGAUCUGCUUCGCGGCGCCGCUGGAGUGCGUGCUGCUGGAGUGCGGGCACAUCGCCGCGUGCACGGCCUGCGCCAAGCAGCUCGCCGAGUGCCCCAUCUGCCGCCAGUACGUCGUGCGAGCCGUGCGCUUCUUCCGCUCCUGAGGCACUGCCCCCACUGCCCCCACUGCCCCGCAUGCUUCACGCCCACUCCCACUCCGCCUAACCCCACCGUAAUAAUGCGCUUUUUCUACUGCUUAGCCAUCCCCCUGGCCACUCCCAUCUACCUAGUUCUGGCCCAAGUGCCCUAUCGCAAUAUGGCUCUUCUUUCGUUCCUGGGCCACAAUCAAACACCCUUCCUUCUCCUUCUGUCCUAUUUAAUUUCUUCUUCCUCCACUUCCACCCUACGUCUAUCUGUGUCCCGGCUAUCCAGGAGCACGCACGAUGUGGUAUUAGUACCUAGUACUUCAAAAUUUCCCAUCAUGACCUUUUCACGAUAACUCUAUACCCAUUCCUGCGCCCAUGCAAAGGCUAUUAAGUCUAUAAUGCCAAUCUAGGAUUAUUUCCUGCCUCCAAGGACAAUAUUUAGCUAUGAAAUUGCAAAUCUUUAAUUACUCUUAAAUAUGACUUUAAAAUUACUCUUAUAACCUUCACAUUUUCAACGUCAUUCAGUUAUUAUAAUCGUAUUUCUAAACUCUUCAUUGACUAUCUAUCGUUUUUGAAUAUACUGUCCACAAGAAAAUUUUCACAUUUUUAUGAUAAUUUGUACGCUUCAAUUUCCACUUGAACUUCUUAGUCUAAAUGCUUCUCAAAAAACGAAUAAUUAAAACUAAUAUUGCUCAUAUUUAGUUCAUUAGGGUAGUUGCGAAUGUAAGACAAUUUCCAAAAUUUGUAAUAUUGUUUCAUCAUAAGCCUUACAGAUAUAGUAUGAAAAUAUUAGGGCUUGAAUAAGUAAACAUUAAUUAUUGGACUUUUCCGCCAUCCGCAAUUACCCUAAAGCACCUUAUACUAAAUAUUCUGCUAAUAAAAUUAUCAGGAGCCAGAAACUUAAGGAACAAGGCUGUGUCGACAGACUUAUAAUGACUAAAUCAUAGUUAUGAAGAUUUUUGAGUUCUAGUCUUCUUCUCUUGUUUUAUUUGAUAGUUAAAUGGUUUAGAAAGGCUUAUUGUUACAUGUUUUAUCUUUAAACUCAACUUUAUUGCCUAUUAUCGGAAUCGGUUGAGAAAUACAGUUAAAUUUUAACGAAUUUUAAAUACAAUUAUUGCCCCUAAUGUUAUUUUUAAAUUAACAAAAUAUAAUACAAGAAAUAGCCGGAUAAUUUAGGGUAUAAACUGCGAUUACAUUUUUUCUGUCAAUUCUCUAAUUUUUUAAAUACCUUCAUAUUAUGGAUUAUUUAUAAAAAUGUAUGUGACAUAAUAGGCAAUGUAGUUAUAUUCAUUCCUAGAUUAGUCUAAGAUUCGACAUACAUUGUUAUAAUUUUGUGGAAAGGAACCAACGUCGAUUGUCGCUCUAUUUAAAAGAACUUUGCCAUUUUUUGGGGUGGAAAAGAAUAGAAUCGACUUUGAUAGGAAUUGGAAUUAUGAUUUCAUGAUAUUAAGUUUAAUAAUAAAUUUUACAUUCCAGAAUUUGAGUAACAUUGAACAGCUAUAAACUACCGUUAAUAUUUUUAAGGGUAUUUCAUGAGCUAAAGCGCGGUUAUAAUGCAUUCGAUUAUAUGAUCAACUGCAAUAAAAAACACAAACAAACAUGCAUUAUGUGCUAACACCAUCAUGCUACAAAAAUCAAAGAUACCUCUUAACGUUUUCUUUAAAGAUCAAAAUAUUAGCAAUCAGAUUUUUUAAAUA